GGGCCAGGUGGCACGAAGAAAACACACAGAGGAACACAAACAACAACAUUCUACUGCACCACAACAAAAGAAUUCAACACACGUCUGAGGGAGAUGCCGUCCAAAUCAGGGGCUCCCCCGAGAGAAGAAAUGUUGACCAUCCAAGUUAAAAAUACCAAGUUGCAUUUGAACGGUCAAAACCUCCAACUGGCGGCUAAAAAUGGCCGCAAUUCAAAGACACCUGGCCUCCAUCUGUCAGCAACACAUGGAAAGGAGGCAGUGGGUCGCCUUACAGCCCUGCCACCGCCGACCCACCACGCCACCACACAGUUGGACUUGUUGCACGAGACGCCCAGGCCCGACCCGGAGAGGGAAGCGGUCCGGCGGCCUGUGAAACUCGCCCCACUGGAGCUGCCAGAGGAGGUAAGAGAAGCUCAGAAGCAGAAACUGAAGUGUGGGCAGCAGGAAACCAAAGCCGUCCCCUGUAAGCCAGAUGUGACACCGAAUGAGCCUCGUACAAGGAAGCAGAGCCGGGUGAAGUCUGCGGUGUGUCCGUCUGCUUCCACUGAACCAGUCAAAGCCCAGCAGCCUAAGAGACUGUCGAGGCCUCAGCUGAGUCACCCUACCCUCACGGAGCAAAGCGGAGGCCGAUGUCUGGAAGAUGUGGUUUGCCAAGGAACCCCUGCUCCUUUGUGCAUCAAACCGGUCCCUGUCUCAGUUUUUCCUCAAAUUAAAGCUCAGGUUGGAAGAGGCAGAGCGGUGACAGGUCUUAACCCCAGCAGCUCGCCACUACAGGAGGGAGGGAGGAGGAGGCUGAGGCUGACGAGGGCGCCAUGUCUCCAAGAGGAUCAGAGCAAUUCAAACCCGUCAACAGGGGGAUUAUCUGCAGAUGAAGGCAGGUUGGCCCAAGGUGUCCAAGGCAGAGGGCAGCGGGCAGAGAGGGCACCGAGAGGCCACACUCAAGCUGGGAAAGGCAUCAAAGAGCCUCCCACAGCCUCCGGGGACUACAGAUGUGCCGGGAAGAGCCAUCAGGAUGAUUGCGGUCAGCGGUCUGUACGAGGCACUCUGAACCGACAGGCGGCUGGAGGCGGAAGCAGCGAACAUGCGCUCGAAGGUGUAAAGCCACAUGCUUCGAACUGGAGAUUAAAGGGGAAAAAGCCCUUGAUCACGAACCAUAACAAUGUGGUGGCUCUAGAACGUCUUCAACUCUAAUUCAAUAUCUACAACUUGUACAUGGGACUAAAUGUGUUCAUGCUUAACCCAUAAAGACCCAGUGCUACUUUUAUAUCAGUUCAGCUAAAUCAGUUUCAAAUGAAUAUGUCUUUAUAUCUAACCCACAGGUGUCAAACAU